AUGGCUAAUUUGAACGCUUUCGCAAGGACUACACUUGAUCCUGAAGUUUUGCAGAGCAUGAGGGUAACCCGGGUCUUCAAGGGCCGUUUCAGCUCGGUGAAUGGAAUGGAUUGGGACAAAGGCGGUGACACCUUAGUCGUCUCGUCCAAUGAUGAAUCCAUACAGAUUCUUCCCCUGGCUAAAUCAGAUGUAUCUAAGAUACUACACAGCAAGAAGUAUGGCGUGGAAAUGGUCAAGUUUUGCCAUCAGGGAGCUAAGCAGGUGCUUUGCUCAUCACGCACCACAACUUGUUAUAAGGGUAAUCAUGCUGUGAGGCUUUGGGAUUUGGUAGAAAACAAGUAUAUUCGCAAUUUUGCCACUCCAGCCCCACUAGUUAGGUUGACGGGGAUAUCAGUCCAUCCAUUCCGUAACCUAAUGCUUACAACUUGCCAGGAUCAUGUGGCUCGUUUUUUUUCCUUGGAUUCUGAGACGCCACUGGCAAGCUUCAAAUCUGAGUGUGGUGAAGGGCAUCCCAUCGCCGGAUUUGAUAAGGACGAUCUUAUAUUCGCCGUAUAUAACGGUAACGGUGGUAUCAGGUUGUAUGAUCUGAACAAAUUCACGGAACCAUUCAACACUCUAAAUAUAAAAUCACUGCUGGAGGCCAAUGAACACCCGCUGAACCUGACCUUCUGCCCUACAGGCAAGAAGAUCGUAUGCAGCACCAACAACCACCGCAUCCUAGUCAUUGAUUCAUUCUACGGCCAUGAGAUAUUUACUUGCAACUAUGGAGAUAGAAAUUCCAAAUCUUUAUGUAUCCCAAUUAUUACUCCCGACGGAAAAUACAUCUUCUGUGGCGGCCUUGAUUCCAAGAUCCACUGUUGGAAUGAGCAAGGAGAAAAGGUUAUUGAAUUGUCUGGGCAUGAGGGUCCCCCAUCUGUUCUAGCAUUCAACCCCAAAAGGGCCAUUCUUUCUUCAGGCUGUGUCAAUGUGGCCUUGUGGCAGCCAGAUAUAACAUUGUGA